AUCUCAAACAUCAUCCGAUCCAUACUUUGGUCACCUUCAGCCUGCGGCCCACGUGAAUCGAACAGAGUUCCUAUCGAAAUAACGUACUUAUCAGAUCGCGAAAAAUCGUUACUGGGAACUACGGAGUGCGCAAGCCAUGAGUACAUGUUAAUUCACGGAACCCAUUACGCGGAGACAGUUCAUAUAGUGUAGUUGGCAGGAAAUAUUCAACUAACCGCGCUCUCGCGAUCUCCAAAAACAGAAAAUGCCUUCCGAAAAAUCGGUGUACCAGCCGCAUCCAGACAUCGCCAAAAGCGCGUAUGUGUCGUCCUUCGCCCAGUAUAAGGACAUGCAUCGGAAGUCCUUGGACAACCCUGAGGAGUUCUGGGGAGACAUCGCCAGACAAUUUCAUUGGGAGAAUCCGAUCGACAGCAAUAAUUUUUUCAAGUUCAAUUUUGAUAUAACGAAAGGUCCGAUUUUCACCAAAUGGAUGGAUGGUGCCACGACCAAUGUUUCCUACAAUCUGUUGGAUAGGAACAUUAGGAAAGGCUACGGGGAUAAAAUUGCAUUUUACUGGGAAGGAAACCAUCCUGAUGAUUACAGUCGCUUGACUUACAAAAAGCUGUUGGAAGAAGUAUGCCGCUUCGCUAAUGUUCUGAAAAGUAAAGGUGUGCAAAAAGGAGAUAGAGUUGCCAUAUACAUGCCCAUGAUCCUGGAAGCUGUGAUAACGUUCCUGGCCUGCGCCAGGAUAGGAGCCAUACAUUCUGUUGUGUUUGCAGGAUUUUCAUCUGAUUCCCUGGCCGAAAGAAUUGCUGAUUGCGAAGCCCGUGUUUUGGUAACGGCAGAUGGGGCUUGGAGAGGAGAAAAAUUACUGCAGCUGAAAUCUAUCUGUGAUCAGGCUAUGCUGAAAUGUGCACAAAAAGGGCACAAUGUAGAAACUUGUGUAGUUGUGUCUCAUCUCUGUAGAGUAACGUCGCCUUUAGGAACGCAAUAUAGGAGCAACAAGACUCCUAUGACGAUUGGAAGAGACAUAUUCUGGGACGACGUAGUUCCACAAGCGUCAACCAGCUGUUACCCAGAAUGGAUGGAAGCCGAAGAUCCUCUCUUCAUGUUGUACACAAGCGGGUCUACGGGGAAACCUAAGGGGGUUCUACAUACGACCGGAGGUUAUAUGAUAUAUGCCGCAACAACUUUUAAAUACGUCUUCGAUUACAAACCUAAUGACGUUUAUUGGUGUACUGCCGAUAUAGGUUGGAUUACUGGGCAUACCUACGUCGUGUAUGGUCCGUUGGCUAAUGCUGCCACUUCAGUAUUGUAUGAAGGCACUCCAUUUUAUCCAAAGAACGACAGAUUCUGGGUAGUAGCUGAUAAGUACAAGGUGAAUCAGUUUUAUACUGCCCCAACAGCAAUCAGAACAUUGAUGAAGUUUGAAGAUGAUCUAGUCAAAAAGCACGAUUUAUCUACGUUGAAAGUAUUAGGUUCCGUAGGAGAACCAAUAAAUCCAGAGGCCUGGAUGUGGUAUUACACACUAGUGGGUCAUGAGAAAUGUUCAAUAGUCGAUACUUUCUGGCAAACGGAAACUGGUGGACACGUUUUGACUCCUUUACCAGGCGCAACGCCCAUGAAACCUGGAGCAGCGGCGUUUCCAUUCUUUGGCGUUGAACCCGCUCUGUUAGACGAAGGGGGAAAGGAAAUAAAGGGAGAAGGUGAAGGUUACCUGGUUUUCCCCCGACCAUGGCCUGGUUUGAUGAGGAGUCUGUACAACGAUCACGAUCGAUACGAAAUGACCUACUUCACGAAGUUCCCAGGAUUUUAUUUCACAGGGGAUGGGGCAAGACGGGACGCUGACGGUUAUCUCUGGGUGACAGGAAGAGUCGACGACAUGUUGAACGUUUCCGGCCAUCUUAUGUCAACUGCGGAAGUAGAGUCCAUCUUGACAGAACACCCCGCAGUCGCAGAAGCCGCCGUUGUUGCGAAACCUCAUCCGGUGAAGGGAGAAUGCCUCUACUGCUUCAUAACAACGACAGAAAAUGCGGUCUUCGACGAGAAACUAGUCAAGCAAUUGAAUGUUAUCGUUCGAGAAAAAAUUGGCCCAUUCGCCCAACCCGACAUGAUACAAAAUGCCCCCGCUCUACCAAAAACGAGGUCAGGAAAGAUAAUGAGGCGGAUUUUGAGGAAGAUCGCCGUGAAUGACAGAGAUGUAGGAGAUAUUAGUACACUAGCAGAUAGUUCUGUAGUGGAACAAUUGUUCGCAACGAGGCCAGAGAAAGCGUGAUUCGACUUUUGUUGAAUCUAGCGACAAUCUAGUCCACAAAUGUGCAUGCAUUUCAGAAUAGUAUAUGAAAUUAGUUAUGUUAUUUUUUUAUGAUCGCGUGAGUCUUGACUUUGGGGACUGAUUAGUCUCCUCGAAGCAGCGGUGAAGUGAGACGUGAUCUUAAGACUAUCAAGAUACAUGAAAAAGCUAAUUAGCCUUUCAUAUUGGCAUAGAAGUCGAUAACAACCUAAAUAAUUAUUUUAUUUUGAUUGCCAUCGGUUAUUGUGAAAUCAACGUUGUUUGAUAUCUUUCAUCAUUUGAAAUAUGAUAAAAAAAAUCUUCGUCGAUCCCAAGAAUGUUUAUACCGGGUAGAAAAUAAAUAGUAGUUAAAAAAAUAUUUGUUUAUUGAGCAAUCAAUAAAGUGUACAGCACAUGUUGAUAAUUGAGUCAUAGUUACCUACUAACUAAAAAAGCAAUAUAUGAAUCAAAAUUUCAAUUACUGUUUUUCAUUUAUUUUUCGUUUUUCUGGAACGUUCUCAUAUAUUUCAAUGCCCAAAUGCAAUACUAUUUUCUCCCCAAAUUUUAUGUUAUGAUUAUAAAUAUUAUUUAUUUCACCCAAAUUCAAAGUUGAAUAUUCUCUUUUUUACGACUGAAUGAACGAAACAAAUCUUUGAUAUCAGUUUCGUUCAUUGAUUAAGUUGAAUACUCACCCAAAAGAUAUCGUGGAUUAUAUAAGUAUAAUGAAAGUUUUAGAUAUUGUAAUUGAAAUAAUGAUUUUGUUAUUUCAUUUUCCUAUCUCCUAAACAGAUUUAGUAUCGAUGAGUCAGCUGUUGGAAUUGAAUAUUGUAUAGAAAUAAAUAUAGUUCAUUUCAAU